UAUAAAAGGAGCUCCGCAGGUGGCUCCUCAGCUCAGGUGGACUCUUUGGUUUAAACUGCUCGACUUCAAGCUCCUGCACACAAAGGCAGACGAUGGCUCCGCGGCCAGAGCUCGGCAGUGACCCUGCAGUUUCUCCUCCAGACCUCGACGGUAAAGACACUAAAGACACUCUGUCUAAGGACGCGAUCGUGUUGCCUGCGUAUUCCACUGUGGCCCUGGUUGACCCAGAGCCGGACAACGCUAUUGACCCAUGGCAGCUUCCAGAGCUGCAGGACACGGGCGUGAAAUGGUCAGAACUGGACACGAAGGGCAAAAUUCUUCGAGUGUUCAUCUCGGUGGCCAAGGGCAUGCUCCUGCUGGGGUUCCUGUACAUGUUCGUCUGCUCUCUGGACAUCCUGAGCUCUGCCUUUCAGCUAGUGGGAGGGAAGGCAGCUGGAGAUAUCUUUCAGGACAAUGUGGUGCUGUCUAACCCCAUAGCAGGGCUGGUCAUCGGAGUGCUGGUCACUGUGCUGGUUCAGAGUUCCAGCACUUCUUCAUCAAUCGUAGUCAGCAUGGUGUCUUCCGGACUGCUGGAGGUGCAGUCAGCAGUGCCAGUCAUCAUGGGCGCCAACAUCGGCACCUCCGUCACCAACACCAUCGUGGCCGUCAUGCAGGCCGGAGACCGCAACGAGUUCCGCAGGGCCUUUGCUGGCGCCACUGUGCAUGACUUUUUUAACUGGCUGUCUGUGCUGGUACUUCUUCCUCUGGAGGCGGCCACAGGCGUCCUGUACAAGCUCACCAAACUCGUCAUUGACUCCUUCCACAUCCAAACGGGCCAGGAUGCCCCAGACCUCCUCAAAGUCAUCACUCAACCACUCACCAAGAACGUCAUUGAGCUGGACAGCUCUGUAAUCAGUGACAUCGCUGUCGGUGACCUCAGUGCUCGGAACAAGAGUCUUAUCAAAACAUGGUGCAAAAAGGAGAAGAUUACGAGUCUGGUGAACAUCACCGUGCCUGGGGAAGCUAACUGCACCAUUGGUGCCCCCUGCUGGGUGGAGGGCAACGAGACAUGGACGCAGGUGAACGUAACAGAAACCAUCAACAUAGCAAAAUGUAAGCAUCUGUUUGUGAAUGCGAACCUUCCAGACCUGGCAGUUGGGCUGAUUCUGCUGGCUCUGUCGCUGCUGGUGCUGUGUACCUGCCUCAUUCUCAUCGUAAAGCUGCUCAACUCCAUGCUCAAGGGCCAGGUGGCCGUGGUCAUCAAGAAGGUGCUCAACACAGAUUUCCCCUUUCCAUUCAGCUGGGUCACGGGCUACCUCGCUAUCUUGGUGGGAGCGGGAAUGACGUUCAUCGUGCAAAGCAGCUCCGUCUUCACCUCCGCCAUUACGCCACUUGUUGGUAUUGGUGUUAUUAGCAUUGAGCGAGCCUAUCCUCUCACACUUGGCUCCAACAUUGGGACAACAACGACUGCUAUUCUUGCUGCUAUGGCCAGCCCUGGAGAAAAACUGGCCAACUCACUGCAGAUCUCACUGUGUCACUUCUUCUUCAACAUCUUUGGCAUCAUCCUGUGGUACCCCAUCCCCAUCACCCGUGUGCCCAUCCGGCUGGCCAAAGCGCUGGGUGACCGCACGGCCAAGUACCGCUGGUUCGCCAUAGUCUACCUGAUCCUGUGCUUCUUCGUGCUGCCCGUGUUGGUGCUGGGGCUGUCCCUCGCCGGCUGGCAGGUUCUGGUGGGGGUUGGGGUGCCUGUGUUGACUGUGGUGGUCUUCGUGGUGGUGGUCAACAUUAUGCAGUCCCGCUGCUCGCACUGCCUUUGUCCUGCCCUCCGCAGCUGGGACUUCCUGCCCAAGCCUCUGCACUCGCUCAAGCCGUGGGACCGCAUAGUCACCAAGGUCCUGGGCUUCUGCGGGGCGCGCUGCUGCUGCUGCUGCAAAUGCUGUAAGAAGGGAGAGGUGGACGGCGAGAAAGAGGACGGGACAGAGAUGAAGAAGGAGCUGGAGAUGUACGACAACCCUGCGCUUUGCGUGGAAGAUGAGAAGAUCCAAAUUCAGACGGUAUCUGGAACACAUUUGUAGCAUGUAAUAUAGUAUAAAUAUAUAAAAAAGGCUCAUUAUGUAGUAUAAUUUAAUGUCGUGCUGAAGGGGACUUGAAGGAAGUUGGCUAAUCUGUUUGAGCUGCUUUCGUCUUCAACGUCCAUGGUAUUACGCUGUGGUAGCCAGAUGGUUCCUCCUGGCCUGAUAGGAGAACCUAUGGUGGCCCAAAAGGGACUUUUUGAUCUAGAGAAUAUGCUGUAAACAAAAUCUAUCUGCAGCAAUUUGAGAUCCCAUUGAAAAAGUGUUGCAUGUAGCUUUACUUGGACUUCAUUCUCUUCAUACUCAUCAUACCUCUGUUCUUUGUCUGCUCUAACACCCCAGUUUCCACUUACUGACCAAUUAUUAGGCUCUUUAAGAGCUGUAGCAACAUAUAUACUGGGUCAGUUACUUUAAAGGGAUAUAUCUAUUCGGAGAACGCUCUGGUUCUGUUUCUAAGCUUUAUUUUGAGAGGGUUAUUAUACAGUUACACAAAGCACCUGCAAAACUGUUAUUGACGCCAAAAUCAUGCUAUUCUAGCCUUCUUAACACCAGUGUUUUUUAUAUUGUGUCUCCGUGUUAGAUAGUGUCUAUCUCAGUGAUGUACGAUGAAUAAUGAAAAUGGAGACCGCCUUAAUUAUUUAAAGAGUUUAUAUUUUUGGAAUAUUUGUAAAGAAUGAAAUUUGCAAACUCUUAAAUGCACAGAUUUUUAAGCAGUGUGUGACGUAUUGUAAGGUAUUUGCAUUAUUUUUAUGAAACGUGUUUCUAAAGACUUGUGACCUCUGGACAAGGCUCACUGUAGACUGUCUGUAUGUACUGUAUAUAAAGAUUUUACAGCAGUCUGAACUGUAAAGUAAAGCAUGUAAAUAAAUAUUUAAAACAA